AUGGAACAAUAUAGACCAUUCAUGUCAAAAAUUCCUUGGUACCACAAAUAUGCUGAGGAUUAUAGGGAAUUUAAAGAAUUUUUAUUCUUAGAACACGUUUUGGAAUUUCAAUUUCAUUUAAUUAAUAAACAAAGUCUUAAUAGUUUAAAUUCAGCCGAACUUAGUUUGGAAAAUAAAAUUUUUGACCGAGAAGAUCUCCUGUUUGCAAUUUAUUUUGAACUUUACUUAUCCACUCAAUUAUUAAUUCUUUAUAAAUCCGAUCCUAAAGAACUUACUGAUAUCGAUAAAUGGUUUACUCAACGAAAAAUUUGUAAUAAAGAUCAGAGAAAAAUUUUAUCAAUCAAUAAUGCCAGAGUUGCCUUUGGUGCAAGUGUUAUUGUUGGAGACGAUAACUUUCAAAAUAUUAUAAGCAGUCGUCUCAUUUUUGUUGAAAAAUCAAUGCUCGUAAAAGAAUUUAUUGAGAAUUCGGAUUUUGUAUCACUUAUUCUUCGUCCUCGUCGUUUUGGCAAGUCAACAAAUUUAUCCAUGUUAAAUUACUUUUUUAAAAUAUCAUGGUCUCAAGAAGAAAAUAAUUCCUGCAGGCAACUUUUUGAAAAACUGAAAAUUUCAGAUGAUAGUAAUAGUGAAAUUAUGCAACAGCACUUUGCGAAAUACCCUGUCAUUCAUAUCUCUCUUAAGGAUCUAACCGCUGGAUCAUGGAAUGAAAUGAUAGUACGAUCAAGAAACAAUUCUGAAAAUGUUGCAAAAGCUAUGUUACGGAUUGCAGAAUUGGAGUUUUUGUCUGGGCUUAAUAACAUUACGAUUUACCCUUUCCAUAAAGAACAUCAAUCUUGUAUUUAUUUAGACAAGUUUGAAUUCACAUCUGAUGAGGUAGAAUUAUUGUUGCCAUUGUGUGAAGAUUUGAAAAUUAAUGAUGUUCAGAAGUGGUGUGAUGAUGGUAUCUUGAAAACUUAUUGGACAAAUAUAAGAAGUACUCAAACAUUGGAAAAAUGUCUAUGGAAAGUAAGCUCUUCAUUUAAGGAAUCCAUUGAAAAAUUGUUAAAAGCAGAAUAUGUUUAUCAUGCCUUUUGCUUAGGAAUUUUCGCUAAUUCUCGUGAUCGAGGGUUUAUUGUUUGUUCUAAUCGUGAGGAUAGCUUUGGGAGAUAUAAUGUAAAAAUAAUUCCAGAAUCAGGUGUUGAUGAGUUGGCUAUUAUUAUAGAAUUUAAAGUUGUUUGUGAUAAAAAAAGAAUUGCAUUCGAAAGGAAAAAAGCUUGUGUAUUAGGACAUUUAUUGUAUAGAACAGAUGAAG